CAGCUGAAAGCCAGACGCACCGCACGUGGAGAAAUAUAUUAACGAAAAUAAAGUAAACGCAAUUUGUUGAGAAAUGCCCGAAAUGGAGGUGGAAAAUAUACAAGUGGAUAAGUUUGUGCCCGCCAAGAAGGCGCAAAAGCGCAGCGCCCAUGCAAACACAGACGACGUCGAGAUGCUGGUAGAUGCGGCCACGGGCAUCGAGGGAGCAGAGCGUGCCAGCAGCAGCGGCCAGGCGCCGCCACGGGCCAAACGGAUAAGGAGCGAGCUGCGCAAGGUGUCGGUGCCGCCGCACCGAUACUCCUCGUUGAAGGAGCACUGGAUGAAGAUCUUUACGCCGGUUGUGGAGCACAUGAAGCUGCAGAUACGCUUCAAUAUGAAGGCGCGUCAGGUGGAGCUGCGCAUUGGGCCGGAGACGCCCGAUAUAUCGAAUCUGCAAAAGGGCGCCGACUUUGUCAAGGCCUUCCUGUGCGGCUUUGAGGUGGACGACGCUCUGGCGCUGCUCCGUCUCGAGGAUCUGUUCAUUGAGACCUUCGAAAUCAAGGAUGUGAAGACGCUGCGCGGCGAUCAUCAGUCCCGCGCGAUCGGACGACUCGCCGGCAAGGGCGGCCGCACCAAGUUCACCAUUGAGAACGUGACCAAGACUCGCAUUGUGCUCGCCGACAGCAAGAUCCACAUUCUGGGCAGCUAUCAGAAUAUUCAACUGGCACGUCGCGCCAUCUGCAACCUGAUCCUUGGCUCGCCGCCCAGCAAAGUCUAUGGCAAUCUGCGCGCUGUUGCGUCCCGCCUCUCGGAGCGCAUGUAAUUGGCUGUGAUCUUGGUCUGCGUGGGGGCUGGGAUGGGCCCAGACUACAAUUAAGUUAAGAUAUCCUUUUCCUUUUUUUUCUCGUUUUAUAAUAAAUAUAUAUACACAAA